CAAGAACCAAUAAACAUUCUCAUCUUCAUCACCUUCAAAUUGCAGAACCCAAUUACCAGCAACAAUGGAAAAGCAUAGCUUCUUAACCAAUGAAGGUACUGGAAUUCCACAUGCCUGGAAUUCAAUCUUUGGAAUGGAAUUGGAAAGUCAAGUUACUGAGCUAAAUUGUAGCUCAGAACAGCUUUCCAAUUGCUUUUUCAAUCGGAAUUGGGAUAACUCCAUGGAUCAGAGCGAUCCCUUUGAAUCUGCCUUGAGUUCCAUUGUCUCAUCUCCGGCGAGCUCGCACCCCGGAAUCCCAAUUCCUGGCGGCUGUGGUGGCGGGGACAACAUGGUGCUCAAGGAACUGAUUGGUAGACUAGGAAGCAUAUGCAAUUCUGGUGAGAUUUCUCCUCAGUCUUGCAUUCAUGGAAACACCAGUACCAACACGUCGUGCUACAAUACUCCAUUGAAUUCACCACCCAAGCUCAAUCUCUCAAUCAUGGAUCAUCAUCAGAUUCAAGGGAAUUUGACAAUUCCCAGGAAUCAUCAGUUACCACUGGCUCCAUUCCCUGUAGAUCCUGGAUUUGUUGAGAGAGCAGCAAGAUUCUCCUGCUUUGGGGGCAAGAAUUCUGGGGUGAAAGAAUCUGAAUUCCCCCAUAUGGUGGAGUCAGGAAAACUGUCAAGAGUGUCAAGUAAUCAGUCUUUCAAGACUGCUGGAUCUCAAUUCAUGGGAAUUCAAGAAGACAAGGAUGGAAAUGGAAUCCCAGCUUCUGAUAAGAAAUUCAGCAGACUGUCCAUGUCUUUGACUCCAGAAAACAAAGAAUUGGAUAACUCCAUGGAGGAAUCAUCCCUCUCUGAACAGAUCCCUGGAGGAGAAACUGGAAUUAAAGCUCAAAGUACCAAUUCCAAUGGCAGAAAGAGAAAGGCAAUUCCAAAGGGGAAAGGUAAAGAAGCCCAAUUCAGCACUCUAUCUGCUAAAGAAAACAAGACUCUGGCAGGAGCAGAGAAAGAAGAAUCGGAUGCAAAAAGAAGCAAGCCAGAUGAAGAAGGUAAUGCUAUGGAAAAGGAAAAGGAAAAGGAAAAGGAAAAGAAAAAGACAGAAGGGAAUCAGAAUCAGAAACAAACAAAGGAAAAUGUAAAACCACCAGAGCCACCAAAGGACUACAUCCAUGUUAGAGCAAGACGAGGUCAAGCUACUGAUAGCCACAGCCUUGCUGAAAGAGUCAGAAGAGAAAAGAUCAGUGAGAGAAUGAAGUUCCUUCAAGAUCUUGUCCCUGGUUGUAACAAGGUAACCGGAAAAGCUGUCAUGCUCGAUGAGAUUAUAAACUACGUGCAAUCGUUGCAGAGACAAGUAGAGUUUUUGUCGAUGAAAUUGGCAACAGUUAAUCCUAGAACAGAUGUGAACAUGGAAGCACUUCUAUCUAAAGAUAUUUUCCAAGCUCGGGCAUUGAUGUCAAAUAGCAUGAACCAAUUGGAUACAUCAUCCCAGCCAUUUUAUGGCAUGAUUCCUGAUGGCCAAGAUAAUCCUUUGAUGGCUUCAAUGUUCUGGGAAAAUGAUCUUCAGAGUGUUGUCCAGAUGGGGUUAAGCCAAAAUCAAGCACAGGGCUUUCAUGGAACAAUGGGCACAGGUCAAAUGAAAGUUGAGCUAUGAUACUGAAUUUGUUGACAUAAUUAUUUAGGCCCUUAAGAAGCAAGAAGAGUAUCUGUAUAGAGAAAGGAAGAAGAAGACAUAUCUUCACCUGAUAUGUUAUUUUUAAAGAAAUUGUUUGUAUAAUCCUAGAACUAAUUUCUAUAAGUUCGGGGUG